UGAGGCUGGACUUUGAGCAUUAGUUUGGUGUCUCUUCCUUCAGUCUACAGACGACAUCAUGGCUCAGCUGGUGGAGUGCGUCCCAAACUUCUCCGAGGGCCGAAACAAAGAGGUGAUCGAUGCGAUCUCAUUGGCUAUCUCCGAGUCCCCCGGCUGCAGCCUGCUGGACGUGGACGCCGGAGCGUCCACCAACCGGACGGUGUUCACCUUCGUGGGCUCGCCGGCCGCCGUGGUGGAGGGGGCCCUGAACGCAGCACGCAUCGCCUUCAGCCGCAUCGACAUGGCAACGCACUCAGGUGAGCAUCCUCGGACCGGAGCGCUGGACGUGUGUCCCUUCAUCCCCGUCCAGAACGUCUCCAUGGACGACUGCGUCCGCUGCGCCGAGACCUUCGGACAGAGACUGGCCGAGAUGCUGCACGUCCCCGUGUAUCUGUACGGAGAAGCAGCGCGGAGAGAAACCAGGAGAAAUCUCCCGUCUGUCCGAGCCGGAGAGUACGAAGCUUUACCUGACAAGUUGAAGCUUGCUGAUUGGUCCCCUGACUUCGGCCCGGCGGAGUUCGUGCCAUCGUGGGGUGCCACGGUAACCGGCGCUCGUAAGUUCCUGAUCGCCUUCAACGUGAACGUGAUCGGCACCAAGGAGCAGGCGCACCGCAUCGCGCUGGACGUCCGGGAGCAGGGCCGCGGCAAGACACAGCCGGGGCGUCUGAAGAAGGUGCAGGGGAUGGGCUGGUACCUGGACGAGUCCAACAUGGCCCAGGUGUCCACCAACAUCCUGGACUACGAGCUGACCCCCCUCCACACGGUGCACCAGGAGAUCUGCAGCGUUGCAAAGGAGCUGAAGCUGCCAGUUGUGGGCUCUCAGAUCGUGGGUCUGAUUCCUCUGAAAGCCGUCCUGGACUCGGCCGACUUCUUCAUCCAGAGAGACGGGCUCUUCAUCCUGGAAGAGGAGCACAAAGUCCGCCUGGUGAUCAGUAAACUGGGCCUGGACUCUCUCGGCCCGUUCAACCCCAAGGACAGAAUCAUAGAGUACAUGGUGCAGUCUGGGGACGACAGCCGUCUGGUGUCUCUCUCUCUGCAGCAGUUUGUUCAGAGCGUCGGCGCUCGCACGGCAGCUCCCGGCGGAGGAUCGGUUUCUGCUGCCGUCGCUGCUAUGGGCGCGGCGCUGGGCGCCAUGGUGGGUCAGAUGACCUACGGGAAGCGCCAGUUUGACCAUCUGGACGGAGUGAUGCGGCGCCUGAUUCCUCCGUUCCACCAGGCGGCGAAGGAGCUCCUGGACAUGGUGGACGCCGACUCCACCGCCUUCAACAGCUACAUGGCGGCGCUGAAGAUGCCGAAGACCUCAGCAGAGGAAAUAAAGAGGAGAGAGGUGAUGAUGCAGGCUGGUCUGCAGCGAGCGGUCAGCGUGCCGUUGGCUCUGGCCGAGAGGGUCAACGUCCUCUGGGCGCCGCUUAAAGAAAUGGUCGUCAACGGCAACAUCGCCUGCAAGUCGGACGCUCAGGUGGCGGCGAAAGCGUUGGAGACGGCGGUGUUCGGGGCGUAUUACAACGUCACCAUCAACCUCAACGACAUCACAGACCAAGACUUCAAGAUGGCCACUGAGAAACGAGUGGCAGCGUUGCUGCAGGAAGCGAAGGAGAGCGCCGCUGCCGUCCUGCUCGCUGCUGACCACAGGAAGUGAUGUCAUCUCCAUCCUGCUGACCACAGGAAGUGAUGUCAUCUCCAUCCUGCUGACCAGAGGAAGUGAUGUCAUCUUCUUCAGCGUUGAACUUCUGACCCUGUGAUUGGAUGUAAACAAAAAAAAAUUAAAAACACAUUUUCAUUA